AUGGCUCUUAUUACGGCCGUGCCUCGCUCCCGCCGCGCUGACACCGCCGCUGAGCGCGGAGUCGCCUCCAGCGGGGAGCGCGCUUCCGUUAUCUGCGCGCCCGCGCCCCCUUCAGCUCGCUCUCUCUGGAUGUUUAAGGCGAGGAUGAACAAACAGGUCCAGCCCGAGCGCAAAGUGUCGGUGGUGGCCCCCUUGCCGGACCGCGCGGGGCCGCCGCCGCCGCCCAAGAAGGACGUGGAGCUGAUCCUGGUGAAGGAACACAACGGGGUGCAGUACACCAGCAGCAGCCUGCUGCCCGCCGGCCCCGCGCCGCGCUACGGCACCCAGGACAGGGAGACCUGGGGCAAGAAGAUCGACUUCCUCCUCUCCGUCAUCGGCUUCGCCGUGGACCUGGCCAACGUCUGGCGAUUUCCAUACCUCUGCUACAAAAAUGGAGGGGGUGCUUUUCUUAUUCCCUACAUCCUCUUCUUAAUCAUUGCUGGAAUGCCCCUGUUCUAUAUGGAACUAGCACUGGGACAAUAUAACCGAGAAGGGGCUGCCACUGUGUGGAAAAUCUGUCCAGUAUUCAAAGGUGUAGGCUAUGCAGUGAUACUCAUAGCUCUUUACGUGGGUUUCUACUACAACGUUAUCAUAGCUUGGUCUCUGUAUUAUCUAUUUUCAUCAUUCACAUUCGAGCUUCCCUGGACAAACUGCCACAACAGCUGGAACAGCCCAAACUGUACAGAUCCCAAACUCUUCAAUGCAUCAGUGCUUGGCAAUGGUACUAAAUACUCGAAGUACAAGCUCACUCCUGCAGCUGAAUUUUAUGAGCGAGGAGUUCUGCACCUGCACGAGAGCCGUGGGAUCCACGACCUUGGCUUGCCUCGCUGGCAACUUUCCCUCUGCCUCUUGGUGGUGGUAAUCAUUCUUUUCUUUAGUCUGUGGAAAGGCGUGAAGACUUCAGGAAAGGUUGUUUGGAUAACAGCCACCUUGCCUUAUGUUGUAUUAUUUGUCUUAUUAAUACAUGGAAUAACCCUGCCUGGUGCAUACAAUGGAAUAAAUGCAUACCUACAUAUAGAUUUCAGAAGAUUAAAAGAAGCCACAGUUUGGAUUGAUGCAGCUACUCAGAUAUUUUACUCCUUAGGAGCUGGGUUUGGCGUUUUAAUUGCAUUUGCCAGUUACAAUAAGUUUGACAACAACUGCUACAGGGAUGCUUUGCUGACUAGCACCAUUAACUGUGUCACAAGCUUCAUCUCAGGAUUUGCAAUUUUCUCCAUAUUGGGCUACAUGGCUCAUGAGCACAAAGUUAAAAUUGAGGACGUGGCUACUGAAGGAGCUGGUUUAGUUUUUAUCCUGUAUCCAGAGGCAAUUUCAACUCUUUCAGGAUCUACAUUUUGGGCUGUGGUGUUCUUCAUCAUGCUCCUUACUCUUGGCAUUGACAGUUCUAUGGGUGGGAUGGAGGCUGUCAUCACUGGACUGGCGGAUGAUUUCCACCUUCUGAAACAGCACAGAAAGCUCUUCACCUUUGGUGUUUCUUUUGGCACUUUCCUACUUGCCCUUUUUUGCAUUACCAAUGGUGGAAUUUAUGUGCUCACACUACUGGACACAUUUGCAGCUGGGACUUCAAUAUUGUUUGCUGUUCUAAUGGAGGCAAUUGGAGUGUCCUGGUUUUAUGGUGUGGACAGAUUCAGUGAAGACAUCCAAAAAAUGAUGGGCUUCAAACCAGGCCUCUACUGGAGACUGUGCUGGAAAUUUGUUAGUCCUGCAUUUUUAUUGUUUGUUGUGAUAGUCAGCAUAAUAAAUUUCAAGCCUCUGACCUAUGAUGACUACACCUUCCCUCUGUGGGCGAACCGCAUUGGCUGGGGAAUAGCAUUAUCCUCCAUGAUCCUUGUGCCUGCCUAUAUCAUCUAUAAAUUUAUGAAUGUGCGUGGGACCUUUAAAGAAAGACUAGCUUACUGCAUCACACCUGAAAAUGAGCACCAACUCGUGGCCCAAGGAAAUGUCAGGCAGUUUAAGCUCCAACACUGGCUAACAAUAUGACAAACAACAGCCCAAGG